UAUUUGUCUAUGUCUUAGAAAUACAUUCCUUUGUGUGUAAGUCAUCACGCGACUCGUCACAAAUUUAUUUUUCUCCCUCAAAUAUUGUAACGUUUAGUGUGUCUAUUGGGUUUGCGUUUCCCUCGUCUUUGGAUUUCUUUGGAUGUUACCAUGCCUCAUUCUGAUAGGCAGCACCCUCAUGAUGCAAAAGCAGCCGUAUUACCUCCGAACUGGGAGAUGAGAUAUGAUCCCCUGCAUGGGAGAUGUUAUUUUGUCGAUCACAACACAAAGACAACAAGCUGGACUGAUCCCCGAAUAACAGCUGCAAAACAGAGGCAGAAAGAGAAUGCCGAGACUCAUGCUGCGAUGAGAGCUGCAGAGGAAGCAGCAAAAGCACAGACCUUGAUAACGGAAGACAUUUCUAAGAGACGGAAUUCUUCUACGGCGAGAAAUGAUAGUGAGGAUGUCCCGGUUUCAGCGUCUCCAGCGCCUACGUCUGAUAUUCAGCUGGGGUAUUCGUACGCCUCUGGCAGUCACGGAAGCAAUUAUCAGACAAGCGGCGCACAAGGAUCUGGGACUGUUGACCGAAGUGGAUCGGGUUACAGAUUGUCCAACAGUCCGUCGGCUGUUAUGGGUACAGGCACCGAAUCGCCGACAAUGAGGGAAGGU